UGUUUCGAGGUCUGCUUUCUGAGCAGGUCAUGAUGGAUCGAGCAGCUCUCAGACUGAUUCUCUUGGGCGUCUUUCUCAUCUCAGCCAGUUCACAACAACCUGUAAAGAAGAAACAAAAUGUGGAUAUAUACAGCUUCUACAUUAACUCCACGGUCACCAGUCGCUACGCCACAACCGUCAUCACAAGCCGUGUGGCGAACACAGUGAAUGAAUCUCAAGAGAUCCAGUUCGAGGUCAAGAUACCCAAGAAUGCCUUCAUCAGCAAAUUCAGAAUGACCAUAGAGGGGAAGAUAUAUGAUGGUGUUGUGAAGGAAAAGCAGGAAGCUCAGCAACAGUACAGUCGAGCAGUAUCUAGAGGAGAAAGUGCUGGACUGAUCAAAUCUGUUGGAAGGACUUUAGAAGACUUUAAAACUUCAGUGACGGUGGCUGCUUUUAGUAAAGUGACUUUUGAGUUGACCUACGAAGAACUGCUAAAGCGCCGACUUGGCAAAUAUGAGCUACUCAUCAAUGCCCAACCGAUGCAGCCGGUGGCAGACUUCAAGAUUGAUGUUCACAUACAAGAGAAACCAGGAAUUUCCUUCUUGGAGGUGAAAGGAGAUUUAAGCACCGAUGAUCUGGCCAAUGCCAUCAAAACCACCAGAGCAGACAAAGACGCAUGGGUGACCUUCUACCCCACUCGAGAUCAACAGACCAAGUGUAAAAGCUGUGGAGAAAAUGGACUGAAUGGUGACCUGCUUAUAACAUACGAUGUAGAAAGAUCAAAUCAUACAGGAGAAGUCAUGGUGUCAAAUGGCUAUUUUGUCCACUACUUUGCACCCUCUAAUGUUCCACGUAUUCCCAAAAAUGUGGUUUUUAUCAUUGACCGGAGCGGUUCUAUGAACGGCAGAAAAAUACAUCAGACUCGUUUGGCGCUGCUAAAGAUUUUAGGUGAUCUUGAUGAGGAUGACCACUUUGGAUUGAUCACUUUUGACAGUGAAGUUAAAACAUGGAAGAAUGAACUCCUGAAAGCUACCGAGGGAAACCUGGAGACUGCAAAAUCUUUUGUGAAGGAGAUCAGCGAUAGAGGAGCCACAGACAUUAACGCUGCAGUUCUAGCAGGAGUGGACAUGAUCAAUCGACAUCCACGAGAAGGAACCGCCUCCAUCCUGAUCCUGCUGACUGAUGGAGAUCCCACUUCAGGUGAAACUAACAUAGAGAGGAUAAUGGCCAAUGUGAAAGAGGCAAUUGGUCUAAAGUUUCCCCUAUAUUGUCUUGGUUUUGGAUAUGAUGUUAACUUUGACUUCCUGACAAAGAUGUCAUUGGAAAAUGGUGGAGUUGCUCGCAGGAUUUAUGAAGAUUCGGACGCUGAUCUACAGCUGCAGGGCUUCUAUGAAGAAGUUGCCGUCCCUCUCCUCACUGAUAUUCAACUUAAAUACACAGGCGGGACAAACCUUACCAAGACCAGCUUUAGCCUGUACUUCAAUGGCUCUGAGAUUGUGGUAUCAGGACAAAUCACAGACAACAGUGUGGAGAGUUUCACCACUGAAGUCACUGCAGUAUCAAAAGGCAAUAACGUGACGUAUCAGGAAACUGUAAUGGCAAAAGACCCCAGUGAUGUCCCACCUGAGAAUGAGGAUUUCAUGCCGAGACUGUGGGCCUACCUUACAGUGAAGCAAAUUCUGGAAAGGCAAGUGCUUCUUAAAGGACAGGAGAAAGAGGAUGAAAAGGAAGAAGCUCUCAAACUGUCCCUGAAAUACCAGUUUGUCACCUCCCUCACCUCUAUGGUCGUCACAAAGCCACAGGAAGAUGAAGUAGAAGUUGCCGACAAACCUAAAGAGGGAGGAGAGGAACCCAGACCAGUACCAGGAUAUAGUCAUUUCAGUCCCCAUCGGCCUGGUCUGCACGGUCGGCCUGGUCGGCCUGGUCGGCCUGGUAAGCACAGUCGGCGUCGUCUGCCCGGUCUGCCCAUGCGGUUCAGUACACCUGGUCCACCUCCUGGUUAUCCAGCGAUCCAUGUUCUCUUAGUUCCAAGAGUUGGUAGCAACCGGUUCCUGCUGCCUGCUGCUGGUCAGUCUAAGCCACUGUGUUUUGACGUUCCUGCUCCUCAGAAACUCAGACUGCUACAGGAUUCUGCUUCCGAGUUCUCUAUGAAUGGACAAUUCAUGACUAGACAACAGGGAUUCAUUCAAAUUGCCUUUCAUUACAAAACAAACCAUCACCUGACAAUAAACACAAGAUCUAUCAGAUACCAAGAUGGCCAGAAUCAGGUUGAGUUUUUGUGGGACCAGGAACCUACUCAACACAAUACAGAGGGCGUGUCACUGAUAUUACGAAGAAAUGAAAUGGACGUUACCAUGGGAAACAUACAUGUUGUUAUUCUUCUUCACAAGAAAAAUGGUGAAGUGUUUCUGUGGCCUGCUGUUCGGCAACAGCCAAAAGAUGUCAGUUUGAGGGGCAUUUUAGGAAAAGCUGAGGCUUUAUAUGAGGAGGUUCGAGGAUCACAAACACCAACUCUAAAGAUAAUGGACCAGGAAGUGAAGGCGAGCUUGGAGGAUGUCACAGACUACACACUUCCUUCAACUCCAGUUAUCAGAUGUUGGCUUGUCCCGUUCCAGGCUGUGAUGCAGGGAGACAUUUCUGAUUUCACUGUCACUCAGCUGUAGAGUCUGAUCUAUCUAUCAUCUAUCUAUGUGAUGAAAUAGCAAUUAAAAUUGUAUGUAUAGCAACCCUUUGAUUGGUGCCUUUUCAAUCAAAGUAUUGAUUGUGAUUAUUUCAUGUAUUUUAUGAGGUCAUGUCUGAUAGUAAAAUAAUGAACCAGCAACAGACUUUUACAGAAUGUAAAGUAUUUACAAGUUAUAUAGAUAAUAAUUUUGUAAAAAGCAUGCCUCAAUUUUGACUUUUGAGGGGUUUGUAGCAUAUUAGCUCAAAAGAACUAUUAAUAAUCUAUCAUAAUUUGUAAUAAUUAAUAAUGAAUAUUUGGAUCAGUUAAUAUAAUUAAUUUAAUGUAGUAAAAUUAAUAUUACUAUCAAUCAACCUGUUUGAUCCUGUGAACACUCGUGUUAAUUGUUUAUUAAUUCUAAGAAAUGUUAAUUUCCGGGGGAGGGAAAUGUCUUUCUUAUUGUACAGUACUACUAAGAGCCUGUAGUCAAAAUCUAAAUCGUAAAAUAAACUUUGUUGCUAGCAGAGAAUCAGAACCAAA